AUGGCUACAGAUGCACCUAGCCUGUCCGAUGGCUGCACCAACGAGCAGGAGAUGUCGCUCGAAGCCCAGGUCGCAAAACUCAUCGAGAAACAUGCCAGCUCACGCGAUGUGCAGCCACCUUUCUCAACCGGCGAGAUCAUUGUGAUGGCAAUCGUCUUGAGCGGCCUGUCGAUAUUCAACAAAGCAGACGUUCUUAAAGCCAUCAACGCCAAACUAGUGGAGUCAUACUUCGUUGCGAUGGAUGGUGGAUAUUUCCCGAAUAAUCAAGAAUGGGAAGAUGAACUUGUUUGCAUCGUACCUGACUUUUUCGAGACAUUCCCCUCUUACAAACUGCCACUACGCCUCCAUAGCUAUGAUCGGGAUGAGCGCGACCCCGUUAAUGCGGAAUACGCAAUCACGAGAUCGGCAGCACGAUAUUAUCUCCGGGAUCUACUUGAGCCAAAACGACGUGGUACUGUCCCUUUCACGAAAUUACCAGCAGAGCUCCGCAAUAUCAUCUAUGAGAUGGUUCUGCGCUUCCCAGCACCCGGACUCUACAUCAGUCACAGUGUGAUGAGCAAGCCUCUGAAGCUCCACUCGAUCAGACGCAUGGACGAGGUCGAUGUCACCGGUGGCCCUAUGGAAGAGCUGUCCUUGGAUUUUGCUGUGCCACAGGAAUACGCAGACCAUUAUCUCGAGGUCAACCUCUCCAAGACCGAUCUGGCCCUGCUCAAAGUCUGCAGGCAAAUCCACCACGAGGCUAUGCCCAUCUUUUACGGACUCAACACCUUCCUCGCAUAG